CCUUGUCUUCUUGAUUGAUUUCAAUUAUGCAUUUACCUUCUUUCAAUCUUUUUUCUUUAAUUCCCUUGUCUUCUUUUUUAUUUUUUCAAUUUAUUUAUAGUAGGUAGCAACUAAAACCAAAUUUAUUAUCUACUACCAUUGUUACCUGCAAUUCAAAAGCAAAUUAAGUUGAUAAUUUCUUUUCCCUUCACUAUAUGUAAUUUCAAGUUUUAAAAUGUUAUACUAAUAAUUUCUCCUUUCGAAUGCUCUACUACGAUUCUAGAUUCCUAGUCAACUGCAUCAGGAUGAUGACAGUGAGCAGCAGGUUGAUGAUAAUGAGCAGCAAGAUGAUGAUAGUGUGCAGCAGGUUGAUGAUAAUGAGCAGAAAGAUUGUGAGGUUGGACUUUAUUUGCCAAAUUAAAACCUAGCUUCGAAAAUUAAAGGCUGGCAUCAUGGCUUCGUAGCCCAACCCAGACCACAGACUUUAAUGCUGAUUGUGAGGUUGGACUUUAUUUGCCAAAUUAAAACCUAUUAUGCAAUUGGCAUAGAGUAGCAUCAAAGUUUACCACUGAACUUAUUAGUCUUAUUCUACUCGUGUAUGACUUCUUUCUUCUACCAACUUAACUAUGAGGAAGGUUGUUGCUGAUUUUUUCAACAUUUGUAAAUUUGGUCCUUCCAAGCAUUUUUACCUUCUCUUAAUGUUUUGUAUUUGCUUGUGCAGGGUGAAAAUAAGAUUCAGAUCCAAGCAUAAAAGAGGAUACAAUUUUAAAAAAUGAAGUUGCUCAAACAAGUAUUGUGAAUGCAUGCAAGUCUGUGAAAUGUCAAUUAUCUCAUUAUGUAUGAUUUAUUUAUCUGAUGUGUAGAUAAUAUAUGUUGUGUAUAAAGUCUGCAUCAUUUUGCAGGCCACUAGUUCUUCAAAUUAACCUACAAGCAAUCAGGCUUUAAAACCAUAUGUGAUGUUGGUGACACCUUGCUGACAAGCCAUGGACACCUUUUGAUUUUUAUAAGAUCCAUACAUGAAUUCAGACUUGUAAUUAUAAUAGGUUUUGAAUUCAAACUUGGAAGAAUCUGCAACUAAGGGGAUUCAGACCAUAGAGAUAGAAAUGGAAAACAAGCCAGUGUAAUUAACUUUUGAAUUUUUUGUUCAUUUAAAGCAUUGGUUUUUCUUUAAUUUUCUAGAUUGAUGUUUGUGGUUAUGAUCUAGAUUGUUGGUCGUUUUAAUUUGUCCACAGGAAUGCAAAACAUGGAUUGGAGUUCUAUUAGGUGUUCUGGUUUCAAUAGGGUUUGAUUGCUGUAAUUGUAGGCCAUCCAUUGGCCUUGAAACACCUAACAAAUGCUCAUCGAACGAACAAAAAGCAGUUAGAAAGGCACUGUCAUCAAGAGAAAUUAAGAAUGAUUUUGGUAUGUUCCCUGAGUCUCAAGCAUUUAAGCAUGGGCUUUCUGAUUUUUUAAUCUUUUGUUAAUUAGUACAAUGAGCAUAGUCUUAUGGUAAAACUAAUUAAGAUUCUUCCUUUAAAAGUUAUUGGACCAUAAGGUUUUAAUCUCUUGGAGGUGCUCAAUUUCAGUCAGCUGGGAGAGUGAUAGGAUGUCGAUCAGUCUAUUAUACCUUGAGUAGGUUUCUUUCUGUUGAGUUGUCAUCGACUAAGGUGUACCCAGACUCUAGGGACAUCUCAACCCAUAAUGACUCUAUCUCCUUGAAAGUAUGUUUUAAGUAGAAUUAUGAUUAAGCUUGAAAUUCUGGAUAAAAUGUGAAAAUUAUA